AUGAAUUUAAGUGAUGCUUUGCAUGACGAGAUUGACAGUAAAGUUCAUAUCACCCAUAUUCGGCUUCUGUUCUUGGAAAGUCAAUUUACCAAACUUGAAGUGUUAGCACUUGACAACAACAAAUUAUCGGUUUUCGACGAAGAUACUGCUAAUACAAUGUGUACAUUUACAGCCCUAAAGAGAUUGAAUCUUGCCCAUAACAUACUUCAGAGCUUGAACUUUUAUCAUAAAAGGUGUUUGACACAUCUGGAGUACCUCGAUUUAUCUUAUAACAGUAUAAGUACAUUCGAAGCAUACUCUAACCAUAAUGGGCUUCUAUUUUCACUAGAUCAGAUUCAGAAAAAAUCAAGUCUUUCUGUCAAUUUCUUUGGAAAUGAAUUCGCCUGUGAUUGCCAGUUGCGAGAAUUUCAUGACUGGCUAAAGAGACCAGAAGUCCAUGUUAUUAAGAAACAAAACCUGACAUGUCAUGAUGGUUUGUUCUUUAACAGAUUCAUAGUAUCAGUGCAGUCAGCUGAAUUCAUAUGUUUGUCUGGGGACAGUAGCAGUAACAGAUCUAGUAGUAAUGCAACCGUUGAUGUUUUGGUAACAAGGCUUGCCUUGAUUGCAAUAUUCCUGAGUGUAAUUGCUUACAUUAAGAGAGAAACUAUUCAACAUGUUGUAAGUUCAUUCAAGAGACAGCCAACGGUUAAGAAGCAAUUGUUAAGUAAUUAUUUAUCAGAAAAUAAUGAAAAUGCAAAACAUGGAAGUUGGAAUUCUGCCUAA